CCCAGGCUGACCGGCACCUGCAGGCAAGUGUCGAGAGCGCUAGCCGUAACGCGAGUCAACAUUAGCACCAUGCCUUACGGGGGUUGCUGGCUGGCUGUCGAUCAUCUUCGUCCUUCAUAAGAUGAUUCUGCCCGCACGCCUUGAUGAGCUUUCUUGGUACCUUCUGUUCGAAGUUCUAAUUCUACCUUACCUUCAUCUUGACCAUUCCUUCUUUUCGGUCCAAGAUUCCCCAGUGUGUCGUCGAUAUUGACCACCACUAUCCACUCGCUCACCUCUCUUGAUCCGACCUACCAGAUCAACACUUAAUUCCGUAAUUCGAACCGACCUUAUUCUUACAACAUGCACUACUCUACCGCUCUUGCUGCCGUUGCAGCUAUUACUCCUUUGGUCAACGCUCAUGGAGCUGCCCUACCCAACAUCAUUGGACUGAACCCCAGGGAUCUCCGCGCUCGGGAUUUGCUUUCUCGCACCGGAGCACGUUUUACUGGAGUCAACGAACUUUUCAAGCCCAAGACCCAGGUCAAGACUGCCGUCGUUGCCCGUCAGGAUGACCGCCAGUGCGGUGCAGGUGUCGGCAACUGUCCCGCUGGCCAGUGCUGCUCAGAGGCUGGCUACUGUGGUACUGAGGACGACUACUGUUACUCUCCCGGAUGCGACUACGCGCACGGCCCUGGCUGCCCUGAGAACGCAACUCCAGGUGGUACCAACACCUCUUCUAUCGCUCGUCCCAAGCUCGGUAACGUCCAGUACGGUGGUGCUGGUAUCUACGGUUGUACCACACCAGGUACGGUUGCUAUUACCUACGACGAUGGCCCACAAAAGGUCUUCACCAGCCACAUUCUUGAUGUCAUGGCUUCGUACAACGCAAAGGCUACUUUCUUCAUCACUGGAAACAACAUCAACAAGGGACAGAUUGACAUCACCCCUGAGUUCAGCGAUGUCCUCAAGCGCAUGGACUCUGAAGGUCACCAGCUUGCUUCCCACACCUGGACUCAUUUGGACUUGAGCGCCAUCUCCCAGCAAGACCGUUACAACCAGAUGAUCAAGAACGAGAUGGCUCUCCGCAACAUUGUCGGCAAGAUCCCCACCUACAUGCGCCCCCCAUACUCCAGCUGCACUGCUGAGUCAGGCUGCGAGAAGGACAUGGCUGAUCUUGGCUACCACGUCACAUACUUCAACCUUGACACUGAUGACUAUGAACACGACAGCACCACUCUGAUCCAGUACUCCAAGGACGUUUUCCUGGGCAACGUCACCAGCGGCCCCGCUGCCAGCAACCAAUGGCUCGAGAUUGGACAUGACAUCCACGAGCAGACUGCCAUGAACCUUACUGAGUACAUGCUCUCCACCCUUACCCAGCUCGGCUACAAGGCUGUUACCGUUGGUGACUGCCUCGGUGACCCCAAGGAAAACUGGUACCGCACUGCUGGUGGUGCUGGCUCUGCCAACCCUACCACUUCUGCUACUGCCCCCGCUGCCACUGGAACCAAGCAAGUCACCACCGAUGCUACUUGCGGUGGAACCAAGGGAUACACAUGCCUGGGAUCUUCGUUCGGUAACUGCUGCAGUUCUUCCGGUUACUGCGGUACCACCUCAGCCUACUGCGGAACUGGUUGCCAGUCUGGCUUCGGUAACUGCGGCAGCAACGGCGUCGCUCCUACCACCACCAAGGCUACGUCGACGACCAAUGCUGCUACCACCAGUUCCAAGGCCCCUGUCGCCUCUGCUGCAGGCAAGGUUUCCACCGAUGGCUCAUGUGGCGGUGCUUCUGGCUUCACCUGCGCCGGCUCAACCUUCGGUAACUGCUGCUCCCAGUACGGCUGGUGUGGAAGCACCACCGACCACUGCUCUACUGGCUGCAACUCUGCUUUCGGUACGUGCUCUGGCACUGGAGCGUCUGCUACCAAGGCGGCUGCUACCACUACCACCAAGGCUGCUGCUGCCCCAACCAAGAAGGCAUCCACUGACGGAUCUUGUGCCGGAACCUCUGGCUUCACAUGUGCUGGAUCUUCUUUCGGAAACUGCUGCUCCCAGUACGGUUGGUGCGGAACCACCACCGGUCACUGCGGUACUGGCUGCCAAUCUGGCUUUGGUACCUGCAACUAAGUCAACCCCACUUUUGCGUUUCCUCAUUUAGUUGGAAGCAAGAAUUCUGUAUCAGGGGUCGAUUAAUCUAUCGUCAUCGAGACAUGACGGGGCUAGCCCCGUGAACGACGCGACGAGGUUUAUAUAAAAAAAGGAACGAUAGUUCUCAACUAUAUUCUUGUACAUUACUCUUUUGUACUCUGCUGAAUUGAUUACUACCGUACAAUUCCUGUGUCAGAUGUCGCAGGUUGGCUGAGGACGACGAAAAGAAGUAGCAAAUCGCGUAAUAGAUCAUGACAACCAUCGAUACACAAUACCCAUCAUUCACUAUCAA